AUGUCAACAACUGAAGGCUUCGACCAGGCGCUGACCGUUUUCAAUCCAGAGGGGAAGCUAUUUCAAGUUGAAUAUGCUUUUCGGGCCGUCAAGACCUCCGGCCUGUCCCACGUUGCCAUUCGCUGUCUCGAUGGCGUUGUCCUUGUCUCCCAGCUCCAAAGUGCAGAUCGGUUGGUUGACACAGCAAACAACACCUUCAUCCACGAGAUCAACGAGACUUCUGCGUGCAUGAUAUGCGGACGCAUUGCAGACGGUCGUCGCGUUAUCGAUCGAGUCAGAAGUGAGGCAGUUGACUUUUUCAGAAAGUGGAACUAUCAACCAACAGCAGACAUUUUGUGCACCCGUCUCGCAGACAUUAACCAGAUAUAUACGCAAGAGGCCUGGCAACGCCCCUUCGGAAACAUAGCGGUGUUUGCGGGAUGGGACCCAGAACAGGACCGAUCUUUGCUAUUUAAAACAGAUCCAGCAGGCACCAACACGGGUUACUUCGCUAUAGCAGUUGGUGUAAAGGAGGUUGAGCUCGCUGAUGCCCUGACUGUACAAGUCAAGAGCUUUCCAAACGGGAUCUGUGAAAGCACACAGAAGGGGCUAGACUGUGCCCUGAAGAUCUUUCAGAACGUUAUAUCGACCGGACUCACGGGGGACGACGUCGAAGUGGCCAUUUACACCAAAACCGGCCUCAAGCGCUUGACUCCUAUUGAGGUGGAUAGACGCCUAGGGGAGCUUGCAGUGCAGACAGAGUAA